AUGUCUCUCUCUGUUGACCAAAAGGUCCGUCUCCUCGCCCGCCAGGUCCAGCGCUUCCACGAAUACAGCGCUGGGACAGGCCUGCCCAACAGCAAGAUCAUCAAGGCACCUGACGUCGAGCUCGCUGCUGACCUUGAGCCGGCCUUUGGCUUAUAUAUGGGCUACAAGCUGCUCUACAAUGGCAAGGUGGGCGCUUCAGACUUGCCCAAGUUGAACUACGAGGAGCCGCCUAAGGAGAACUGGGAUGGGUUGUACGGGCCUCCGGCCCCCCAGCAAACCGAACUAGAGCGGGAGGCGAUGUGGGAUGCGACUGGGAAUCAGACAUGGCCUCGCGUGAACGAAAAGCCAAAACCACAAGUUACAGGUUUCGAAAGCAGAGACCAAUAUACUCGGGAUAACCAACCUUCCUCAGAUCUGGUUGAUCUGUCUGAAGAUGGCGAUCUCAUCUCGCUGGCCACCGACAUCGUGCCCAUCAACAAAGCUCUUUGCGACUUUGAGCCACUAUGCUUCCUAUAA